GAUCAUGACGCAGUCAAUUUGAUCCACAAAAAUGGGAAACCACUAACCCAAAUAAUAAAUAAUUCAACUUAAAAGGAGGUCCAUCGUAUCAUCAUACGGCCAGCUACACCGAAUCAUUUCUGGUUCCGAUAAGUUAACAAAACACAAGACAACGCGUUCCAAGUUUAUUGUCCCAUGCCAUAAUUUAAUCCGAAACUGUAAAACUUGGGUUUUCCAGUUUUAAUCGCUGUGAUUACCGGCUAAUCACGUUUUUAACCCCAUAAGUCAACGAAUUUACUUAUUUGACCCCGGCGAGUACAGUGGUAUUAUAAAUAUAGGCUAAAUCUGUGUGGUUUUUAUUAGUCAGCUGACGGAAAAGCAGUGGUUAAAUUAACUGCUUAAUUGUCUCCCUCGUUCAAUUCACAACUCAUCAGAAGCUGAUCAGUGAAACAAAAGAAGGAAGAGAUGGCAAAGGAUCAGUCAUACGAAGAGGCCAUUGCAGAAUUGACAAAGCUUCUCAGUGAGAAAGCUGAACUUUGGAACGUCGCCGCCGCAAAAAUCAAAGAGCUAACGACCGAGUUGGAGGCAGCUAAGUCGGCUCAGUUCGACCCGGUCGAGAGGCUCAACUCCGGCUUCCUUCACUUCAAGAAAGAAAAAUUCGAGAAGGAUACUGCUUUGUUCGGUGAACUUGCCAAAGGCCAGAGCCCCAAGUUUCUGGUUUUUGCAUGCUCAGAUUCUCGGGUUUGUCCUUCUCAUAUUCUGAAUUUUCAACCAGGAGAGGCCUUUAUGGUCCGAAACAUUGCGAAUAUGGUUCCAUCAUAUGAAAAGAACAAGUGCUCAGGAGUGGGGGCGGCCAUUGAAUAUGCAGUCUUGCAUUUGAAGGUGUCAAACAUUGUGAUAAUUGGACACAGCUGCUGUGGUGGCAUUAAGGGGCUUAUGAACAUCCCAGAUGAUGGUACUACUGCCAGUGAUUUCAUUGAAGAAUGGGUUAAAAUCGGUUCAUCAGCGAAGAACAAGGUGAAAACAGAAUGUGGCAGUUUAACUUUUGAAGAGCAGUGCACAAAUUGUGAGAAGGAGGCUGUGAAUGUGUCGCUGGGAAACCUACUGACAUAUCCAUAUGUUAGAGAAGCGUUAGUGAAGAAAACACUAGCUUUGAAGGGCGCACAUUACGAUUUUGUUAAUGGAACUUUCGAGCUUUGGGAUCUCAACUUCAAAGUUACCCCUGCCAUAGCUUUAUGAACAAAAUUUUUUCUUUCCUCCUCACUACAGUGCAUAAUACGGGGUAACGGGAAAAGUAAUAAACUUUAGUCUCAACUUGUAUCUUGCUUCAACAAUAAUUUAUUUUGGCGUUCGUUGUUCCCAUCCACCUUUGAAGUCGAUCUGUUUUUCAGGUGGUUACUUAUUUUUAAUUGGGAAUUAACUUUUCCUUGAGAGGUGUAUGUAUAUUUCAAGUGACUUUUAUAUGCUCUUUCUGCUGAUAAAAA